AUGGCUUCGAUGCGGUACUUCGUCCUCGUGGCGCUAUUGGGCUUCGCUGCUGUGGCGAAUGCAGCUAACGCUGUACGACCAACGAACAUGCAGGGCAUGAUCGAUGAAGAGAAUGCAAAAUGUGAGAGUGGUGCUGAUUCGAUGGCCUGCAUUAAGGUGCGCGCUGUGCGGUUCCUCGAUACAGUGAUCAACAACGAUAACUACAAAUUCGGCGAUGUAGAGGUCCGCUCCAAUGGAUACCAACCUGCUGCUGUCGAUGCCAAUAGCGCACGCUCCAACGACGAAGAACGCGAUAUAGUCGAUGCUGUCGGCGAUUACCUGCAGGGACACGAUGUUACCAUGGACUUGCCUUUAGGUGAUGCCAAGGUCACCGUCUCUUCACGCAAUUUGGCCAACGAUGAGUUGAGCCUUAAUGUGAAAUUGGCCGGUGAUGGUGUGGUUGAGGGCAAGGGUAAGAAGGGCAACUUCUUCAAGAAGGGCAAGAAGCACCGUUUGCGUAAAAUGAUUAUGCCAUUGAUGGUGCUGAUCCUAUUGAAGGCGAUGACUGUCAUCCCAAUGGCCAUUGGUAUUCUGAAGAUUAAGGCAUUCAAUGCGUUGGCGUUGGGCUUCUUCUCAUUCAUUGUGUCGGUUGGUUUGGCCAUUUUCCAAUUGUGCAAGAAGAUCGCCGCUGAACACCAUUCUGCGCACAUCACUGCCCACGGCCCCUGGGAUGGUCGAGCCAUGGGCGUAUCUGCUGCCGUCAACGAACCCGCAUAUCAACCAAGCGAAGAAGCACAAAGCUUGGCCUACAAAGCUUAUGUUUAA